CGGCCCGCCCCGCUAUUCUGGCCGGUGGGCCAUGCAGGGGAGGCUGCCGGCGGGUAGGGGCGGCGCGGGGUCGCAGGGAGCCGGGCUCGUCCGCACCACGUGCAGCAGCGGUGGCGGGUCCGGGGCCGGCGCCGGGCAGCCCGGCGCGAGGCCCUCGGAGGGGCCGCUGGACCCCGUCUACCCCCGCACUUAUGGGGCCCUGCUGAAAGUGGCGCAGAUGGUCACUCUGCUGAUCGCCUUCAUCUGCGUGAGGAGUUCUGUGUGGACCAGGUACAGUGCCUACAGCUACUUUGAAGUGGUCACCAUCUGCAACUUGAUAAUGAUCCUCGUCUUUUACCUGGUGCAUCUCUUCCGUCUCUACCGCGUGCUCACCUGCAUCAGCUGGCCCCUGUCGGAACUUCUGCACUAUUUAAUCGGUACCCUGCUCCUCCUAAUCGCCUCCAUUGUGGCAGCCUCCAAGAGUUACAGCCAGAGCGGAUUGGUAGCUGGAGCGAUCUUCGGUUUCGUGGCCACCUUCCUCUGCCUGGCGAGCAUAUGGCUGUCCUACAAGAUCUCGUGUGUGACCCAGUCAACAGAUGCCGCUGUCUGAGGACACCCUGCGCCCCGGCCCGAGGCAGGCCCUGAGACGGGAGCGUCGGGGGGCCGGCACCCAGGACGGGCUUCUGAACCUCUGCUCCUGUGCCAAAGCCCUGCCCACACUGCUGGGCACAAGAGGGGCCCUCGGCGUCCUCCU